GCGAUUUUGUUAUAAUUCUCACCCCACCCUGUUUAUUUCUCAAUUGCAAGACUUUGCUCCGCCCCUUGACCGGGCGACCAAUAGAGUGGUGAAAUGUGAGAGGGUUAUGACUGGGAACCGGCCUGUACUCUUGCCAAGGGACAUACAAAUGCUGCUGCUUUCGUGUUUCUGUGUGGAAGCGCUUCGGACCCGCCCAAGAUAACCACAUUCGCAGAAGAUGGCAACCCUGGGAGUCAUGUCUCCAGGCCUCCAUGUCCAUCAGUGCACACAGUUACUGAGGGCAGCAAUUCAGAGUGGAAGCUGUAGGACCCUGCACAUGAGCCCAAGAUCAGCAGCAAAGGAAUACUAUGAUGUGGUUGUAGUUGGAGGUGGUGCCGGGGGAAUCACCAUGAGUGCUCGUAUGAAGAGGAAAGUAGGAGCCGGAAAAGUUGCAGUCAUAGAGCCAAGCGAGACACAUUAUUACCAGCCAAUGUGGACCCUUGUUGGUGGUGGUGCUAAGAAACUAGCAAGCUCAGCACGUCCUACAUCUAGUGUUAUUCCAUCUGGUGUCAAAUGGAUUAAAUCAGAAGUAAAAGGCUUCGACCCCGAAAAGAACUGCAUCCGGAUAGAUGAUGAUAAAGAGAUAAGCUACAAAUAUUUGAUUAUUGCACUUGGACUGAAAUUACAGUAUGAAAAGAUUAAAGGUUUGCCAGAAGGCUUUAACUAUCCCAAAAUUGGCUCCAACUACUCUGUAAAAACUGUUGAAAAGACAUGGAAAGCACUGCAAGAUUUUAAGAAGGGGAAUGCCAUAUUUACAUUUCCAAACACUCCAGUGAAAUGUGCCGGUGCUCCUCAGAAAAUCAUGUACCUAUCAGAGGAGUAUCUUCGAAAUACGGGAAAACGAGCCAGUGCCAAUUUCAUCUUCAACACUUCGUUGGGGGCUAUCUUUACGGUUAAGAAGUACGCAGAUGCUCUCCUGGAGAUCAUCAAAGAGAGAAAUAUCCAAGUAAACUACAAGCACAGCCUUAUAGAAGUGCGGCCAGACAUACAGGAAGCUGUGUUUGAGAACUUAGACAACCCGGGUGAAACCAAAGUAUUUCAGUAUGAAAUGCUCCAUGUAACCCCACCCAUGGGACCACCUGAUGUGCUGGUGAACAGCCCCGUGUCAGAUGCAGCCGGCUGGGUGGAUGUAAGCAAGGACACUCUGCAGCACAAAAAGUAUCCAAAUAUUUUUGGCAUAGGGGACUGUACAAACCUUCCGACAUCAAAAACUGCAGCUGCAAUAGCGGCCCAAUCAGCAGUGCUCAAUAAAACCAUUUCACUUGUGAUGAAUAAUCAGAGUUCAUCAGCAAAGUAUGAUGGCUACACUUCAUGUCCAUUGGUAACUGGAUACCGCAAAGUCAUUUUGGCAGAGUUUGACUACAGCCUGCAACCAUUAGAGACCUUCCCCAUUGACCAGGGAAAGGAGAGGAGAACAAUGUAUCACAUGAAGGCAGAUAUGAUGCCUUUCCUUUACUGGCAGUUACUUCUCAGGGGAUACUGGGGAGGACCUGCUCCAUACAGAAAACUGUUGCACCUUGGAAUGAAGUAACUGCAGUAAAGUGCAUCCAUUCCUAAUCUGUAGCACAAUGCUUGAUUUCCUAAUGUUAUCAUGCCAUAUCUCUCAACCUUUUAAUAAAACAUGCCUUUGGCUCUGUUUUAACAUAGUAAUGGAAGAGACAAACAUCCAUCGAGUUUUAUCCUUUUUUUCACACAAUUUUGGUUUUACUCAAUUCAGGGGCAGACAAAACAAAUGAUAAAAAAAUCAAAUGAUAUCCCAGUUUCCCUCAAAAGGGGUAAAAAUGGCCACUAGGCCAGUCCUCGAUUCAGCAUGAAUUUAUUUAGGAUCGGUAUCUUUAUAAACUCACCAUUUUCUUUUAAAGCAACAAGUUCAUAUGAUUUUGUCCAAUGAAAAUACAAGACUGCUUGCUGCUACUUCGCUGGUAUGCCCAAUUCACUAUAUGGCCAGUGUUUUAGUUUGAAAUCACAGAAUUUUAGGAUUAGGGUAAACAACUAAAAAAUUCCAUGCAUUUGUUUCAUAAAAUUCUAUUUUAUUGGUGAUAAUUUUGUAUUUUUGGAACAAAACUCAGUAUCUUAUUGUUUUAUACAGUAGAUCAAUAAAGAUCUGGAGACUGUGGUGAGAAACCAAAUUUUUGUUGUUAAUGUUAUUUUUUCUAAUGUACACACUGCUUUGUAGUUCUCACUGCCACACACAUAUUUGGGAAAAGUUGUCAGCAAGUAAAAGUCUUUCGAUUACUAGUAUAUUUUUGUACUUGUAUGUAUUUUAAUCUUGCUUUAAAAAAUGGCUGGGAGACAAUGUAGACAUUCAGAAAGGGA